GCAAUGGAACGAAUAUGGUUGCUGUCGCUUCUAACAAGUAGAGUGCUUCUGGGGUCUGCUCAGUUUAAUGGCUACAACUGUGACGCCAACCUCCACAGUAGAUUUCCUGCUGAAAGAGACAUCAGUGUCUAUUGUGGGGUGCAGGCCAUUACAAUGAAGAUUAAUUUUUGCACAGUGCUUUUCUCGGGUUAUUCUGAAACAGAUCUGGCACUGAAUGGAAGGCACGGGGAUUCCCACUGCAGGGGGUUCAUCAAUAACAACACCUUUCCCGCGGUGGUCAUUUUCAUCAUCAAUCUCAGCACCUUGGAGGGCUGUGGAAACAACUUAGUGGUAUCCACAAUUCCUGGAGUCAGUGCUUAUGGGAAUUCAACUUCAGUACAAAUAGGAAAUAUUUCGGGAUACAUUGAUACUCCAGACCCACCAACAAUCAUCAGCUAUCUACCUGGGCUUCUUUACAAAUUUAGUUGUAGUUAUCCAUUGGAAUACCUGGUUAAUAAUACCCAGCUUGCCUCGUCCUCAGCUGCUAUUUCUGUGAGAGAGAACAAUGGUACAUUUGUCAGCACUUUGAACCUGCUCCUUUAUAAUGAUUCAACCUACAGUCAGCAGUUAAUUAUCCCAAGUAUAGGAUUACCUUUGAAAACCAAAGUGUUUGCAGCUGUACAAGCCACUAAUCUGGAUGGCAGAUGGAAUGUCUUAAUGGAUUAUUGCUACACAACCCCAUCAGGGAACCCAAAUGAUGAUGUUCGAUAUGAUCUCUUCCUCAGCUGCGACAAAGAUCCUCAGACCACUGUCAUCGAAAAUGGCAGAAGCCAGCAAGGCCGGUUUUCCUUUGAAGUGUUCCGAUUUGUGAAACACAAGAAUCAGAAAAUGUCCACCGUCUUCCUGCACUGUGUUACCAAGCUCUGCAGAGCUGAUGACUGCCCCUUCCUUAUGCCAAUUUGCGGCCACAGAGAAAGGAGGGACGCAGGGAGGAGGACCACUUGGAGCCCCCAGAGCACGUCUGGAAAUGCAGUCCUCUCUGCUGGUCCCAUCAUUACUCGGAGUGAUGAGACUCCAACCAACAAUUCACAGCUUGGUUCUCCAAGGGAACCUCCCUUCCAGCUGAAUGCCAUCACCAGUGCACUGAUAUCAGGAAUGGUCAUCCUGGGAGUGAUGAGCUUUUCCCUUCUCCUGUGCUCACUGGCCCUUCUAUACAGGAAGGCACCCACCAGUCUGGUGUUGAAUGGCAUAAGAAACCCAGUCUUUGACUGACUUUAACAGGUCCCUUCUCUCAGGAGGACUCACUGACUAUACCCUGUGUUACUGCAGUCAGUGUUUUCAUCCAAAUUGAAUGCCAGCCAGCAUUUGAUAUUUGUAGGUUUGAUAGAUUUCACAGUGUAGUUCGUCAGCAUGAUGAUAGUGAAAGAAUUUGGGUGGUAUUGUUCUCGUCGCGUAAGUAUGUGGUCAGCCCUAUUUGUAUGGCACCAAUGGGUAGAAUGACAACAAGCCAACCAUAUUCAGGACUCAGAUCUUACAGGAUCAGUCAUAUUUCAUUUUAUUUCAAUUUUCUUUUGAUAAUUGGUUGUUAUAGAGAUAAAAGGUGGGCAUAGAAAAAAUAUACAUUUGUUGCAUUUUUCCCCCUAAGCAUUUAUACCCAGUGUGCUGGCAUUUAGAUUGUUUAUGUGGUCCUAAAUUGAAAGUUACUUUUUUAUUUGUUUUUUUUAUUCCGGAUAAUUCCAGCUUGGGGAUAUGUUUUAAUUGGACUGGUCGAUUUGGACACCUGAGAUUUAAUUACUCUUUCUGUGACCUGAGUUUUUGGCCGAUUUCCAUGUCUGAUGACAUUCAUUUAAAAAACAAACAAACAAACAAACAAACAAACUCAGGAAAUGUGUCUUAACCUGGAGCACCUACUUGUGUAGCAGAAUGUAAAAAUAGUUGUUAACCUCUAAAGGAAGCCAAGUGACCCUAGGUCAUGAUUCAUUUACAUGGGAGUGGCUGUGCUCAGUUUUCUCCUGGUUCACUGAGAACGUCAGCACAAGUUCACUUUCCUCCCAGGUAAACAAGUCAGCUGCAUUUGCAGCUGUGCUUCCAGCAGUGAGGCAGCUGCAGAGAUCAUUCUUCAUUCAAGAGCCAUUGCAUGGGAAAACAAACCAUAGUUGUGGGAGUGGACAUUGUCCUCAUACAUAAGCAUAAUGUUCCCACGGGGUUUUUAGCAACCUAGUUUCCUUUUGUCCCUAUGACAAAGAGUAAACAGGGUAAGUGUGUUUUGCAGAACAUUGUUGAGUCUCUAUGAAAAAAAUGUCCCUUUCCCACAAAUUUCUGAUGCUAGCAAAGCAAAUAAUCUGGAAGAGCCCUACUUUUUAAGGUGUCUUCUUGAAAGUGUCAUGAUGGCCAUGGAAUAAACAGUAUUUUCCUGUAAUAGUAAACUGCAAGAAGUUGUGAUCCUUUGUCAGUUUUUCAAAAAAAUGUUUAAAAGCCACGUAUUAAGCAGCCUCUGUUCUUACCAAAAAAUCAUCCUUCUCUUUGUUCAGUCUAUUCACACAACUGAAUAGAACAAUUCAGUGACGGGCAUCAAAGCCUCGCAUGUGUGGGGCGCCUGGGUGGCUCAGUCAGGUGAGCGUCCAACUUCGGCUCAGGUCAUGAUCUCGCAGUCUGUGAGUUCGAGCCCCAUGUUGGGCUCUGUGCUGACAACUCAGAGCCUGGGGACUGCUUCAGAUUCUGUGUCUCCCUCUCUCUCUGCCCCUCCCCCGCUUGUGUUCUGUCUCUCUCUCAAAAAUAAAUAAACCUUAAAAAAGUAAUAAUUUAAAAACCUAGCAUGUGUGGCUAUUACAAGUGCUAUGUUAACCAUAACAACUGCUGUAGAGACUAAUUUCUGGGGGCGCCUGGGUGGCUCAGUCGGUUAAGCAUCCGACUUCAGCUCAGGUCAUGAUCUCACGGUCCGUGAGUUCGAGCCCUGCGUGGGGCUCUGUGCUGACAGCUCGGAGCCCGGAGCCUGUUUCAGAUUCUGUGUCCCCCUCUCUCUGACCCUCCCCCAUUCAUGCUCUGUCUCUCUCUGUCUCAAAAAUAAAUAAAUGUUAAAAAAAAAUUUUAAAAAAAGAGACUAAUUUCUGUUCCACAUUUGUGACCCAUUAUUCACGACUUAAUUUACUAUAUUAUAUGCAAAUCACUAUACAAUUUUAAAUUUGUUUCAAAUGAAGUACCUAUGCUCUAAAAUUAGUAAUUAAAUCAGUCACCAAAUCAAAAUACAUCUUGUCUCCAAUUGCCUCAACAGACCAGAAGUGUUUAUAUUAUAAUUAUUAGUUAUCGGAUUGCCUCAACUUUCUCUUUCAAGGUAUAGACACAAAGUGAAAUGGGAUCUGGAAAGUCUUCAGAUAAUUUAAUCAAUAUGAAAAAGUCUAACACUUAAAAAAGCAAUCUCCUCUUCCCUUUGUUUCUUCAAGAUCACUUUGAAGUGACCAUUCUGAACUUUGAUCUGUGUAAAAGUUUAUUUUCUACUUUAAAGGGAAAACUCCUACAGAAAAAAAUGUAUGGACCAUGCAUGCUACUUAUGUGACCUUGUAUGUGUACAUGAAUAGUGCUAAAAUAGUCUAGUAAAUCUAUUUCAGAUACUUUAAGUGAAUUGCUAUUAAUCUGAGUAUUAAAUCCUGUGCAUAGAAUACUGUCAUUGAAACCAGUUUGUCAGUUUGAUUUUUGUGCUUUAGGGAUGGCUGCUGUUUCAGGUGUUGCCCUUUUACAUUCCAUAUACCACUUUUAAAAACUGAAUAAUGGACACAUCAUUUUGCAAGCAACUUACAUCUCACAUUACUUUUUUUUGCCAUCCUUUCAUCAUAAAUGAGAGGCUCAGAGCUAUAAUGAGACGAACUGGGUUUGUUUUAUACAGCUUUGUUCUUCUCAACCUGCUGUUAUGUGUAGUAUUUAGUUACACUGAAUAUUUUGGUUACUAUAGUGUGAAAACCUUACGAAAUAUGUGCAAAUGUUCCUUCAGUUUUAA